CCAGGUAAUUCUUAUGCAUUUCAAGAAAGCUGGCCAUUUAUUUAUUUGUUUUCCAUUUUGUCUCAUGUUGUCAAUUUAUGGGUGUUUGAGAAGUGGAUAUGAAGUAGUAUUACUUGACUUGGAAAUUGAACGGCAUCACCCAUUUUCAUUUAAGUGUAAAGAGGAAAGCUAGGGUUUCUUUGAUUGUUUUCUUUAGGUUUUUCAGCUUUCAUGGAUCGUCUCAGACCUAGACACAGACAAGUUUUCUCUGGCUUCACAAAACCUGAGAUUGAGAAGAUGGAACAAUUGCAAAAAGAAUCAAGCUCACCUAUGAACAAGGAGUUUUUUCAAAAAAUUGCAAGAAGUUUUAAUUACUCUUCUGGACGUGCUGGGAAGCCUAUUGUUAGAUGGACAGAGGUAGAAUGUUGGUUCCAAGAUAGGCAAAAAUAUGGUCCUUGCUUAAAAAAUAUUCUGUCAAAUGAGGGGAAGGAAAGUUCUCAGAUCCCUAAAGAAGCAGGAAUAAAAGCCUCCAAUUUAUCUGAGAUGGAAUUUGAAGCUAGGUCAUCAAAAGAUGGGGCAUGGUAUGAUGUCGAGAUGUUCCUGUGCCAUAGAUAUCUUCCAUCCGGUGAAGCUGAAGUUCUUGUUAGAUUUGUUGGAUUUGGGGCUGAGGAAGAUGAGUGGAUCAACAUAAAAAGUGGAGUUCGAGAACGGUCUAUCCCGCUUGAGAAUUCAGAAUGUCAUAAGGUGCAAGUUGGAGAUGUUUUAUGCUGCUUCCAGGAAAGGAGAGAUCAAGCUAUAUAUUAUGAUGCUCAUGUGAUAGAGAUUCAAAGGAAAAUGCAUGACAUAAGAGGUUGCAGGUGUAUGUUCUUGAUCAGAUACCAACAUGACAACACUGAUGAACGAGUCCGAUUGAGGAGGUUAUGUAGCAGACCGAGUUAUUAGUUGUUUCGUUUGAUAAUAAUCCAAUCGAUUCCGUUUACUUUCUCGUCUCCGACAACAUUAUUAUUGUAGGAAGCUACAGCAGUAUUCAGCAUGUUGUAAUGCUGAUAUGUUGUUGACUCAGUUGAUACAGUUUUCAUAAUAUGAUUUUUUAAAUCAAUUUCUUGGGUAAAAAAAAGUAGUAUUACUUUGGGUUCUUUGGAAUAUAUUAAUGGCAGCUAUUUGCUCACUUAAAGUUUAGGGAAAUUGGGAAUGUAAGGUUCAUUUUCUCAGUAUAUUUGUAACUUGGCCUAUUGAAAGGAUCAAUAUGUUCUAGAGAUGUUUAUUUUAAACUGAGAUGGGAUUAGAUGUCCCUACUGUUCCAACUCAGGAAGAGAAAUUCUUUUGCUUA